GGAAUGGUUCCCGUGAUAGAAGCAAAAGAUUGCAACAAAGUUUGGACUUGUAAGGGUGAUGACCGAUGCCGGGCAGACUGUCAAAACCAAUUCAAGGGUAAGGGAAUAUGUGACGCAUACACCGCACCUUUGGUUCCGAAGCAGUGUUUUUGUGUAUACCCAUGUUGAUUAUGCAACAUGUACUAAAAAAAUUGGUGUUAAAGUUUAAGAAUGAUUUGGAUGAGUUAUCUUCUUCUUCUUCUUC